CCGACUGUGACAGCAUUGAGCGUCCGAGCCUGGGUCUGCGAUAGGAGCACGGGACCUUGUCCUGACCGUGUCUCCGCGCGAGUGGACGGCUUCCGACGUGAUGACUCUGAACGGCGGCGGCAGCGCAGCGGGAGGGAGCCGCGGCGGGGGCCGGGAGCGCGAGCGCCGUCGGACCCAGGGUCCGAGGCUGGACUGGCCCGAAAGCUCCUCUGACUCUCUCAGCUCAGGGGGCAGCGAUUCAGAGGAGAGUGUUUACAAGGUGCUGCUGCUGGGGGCGCCUGGCGUGGGCAAGAGCGCUCUGGCUCGGAUCUUCGGUGGCUUGGAGGACGGGCCUGAAGCAGAGGCUGCAGGGCACACGUAUGAUCGCUCUAUUGUGGUGGAUGGAGAAGAGGCAUCGCUCAUGGUCUAUGACAUUUGGGAGCAGGAUGGGGGCCACUGGCUGCCAGGCCACUGCAUGGCCAUGGGGGAUGCAUAUGUCAUCGUGUACUCAGUGACGGACAAGGGCAGCUUCGAGAAGGCCUCAGAGCUGCGGGUCCAGCUGCGGCGGGCACGGCAGACAGACGACGUGCCCAUCAUCCUAGUGGGCAACAAGAGCGACCUGGUGCGCUCUCGUGAGGUCUCCUUGGAUGAGGGCCGGGCCUGUGCGGUGGUCUUCGACUGCAAGUUCAUUGAGACCUCGGCUGCACUGCACCACAACGUCCAGGCACUGUUCGAGGGAGUCGUGCGCCAGAUACGCCUGCGCAGGGACAGCAAAGAGGCCAACGCCCGUCGGCAAGCGGGUACCAUGCGGCGAGAGAGCCUCGGCAAGAAGGCGAAGCGCUUCCUGGGCCGCAUUGUAGCACGCAACAGCCGCAAGAUGGCCUUUCGUGCCAAGUCCAAGUCUUGCCACGACCUCUCAGUGCUCUAGGCCUCAAGGGCACUCAUUGUUUUGUUCAGACACUUGGACAGAUUGGUGGGCUGGCCCAGCAAACUGCCCUGGGUGCCUCAGGGCUGGCUCAGACUCUGGUGUCCCCCACCUCAUGGUCAUGGACAGACAGUGCUGCCCAGGGAGGUGGCUUCCACUGGCCAUCGAGGGCUGGGCCCGAAGAGGUGCUUGGGCAGGCCCAUGUGCAUCCCAAACAGCUGCCCGAGCCCAGCUCAUGGGACAGAUCUGUGUGUGGGGAGAGGACUCUGCCUUUCUCUCCACCCAGGUGUGCAUGCCCUGGAGGGUGGCUGUUCAGUGCAGUGGCUAUUUGUUUACAGGCAGAUUUUUGUAAUA